UGGUUUCACUGCCAUUUCCAUUGUUGUCAGAAGCGAAGUACAAAGUAAUAUACCUUCACCUUACAAUAUACAACAAGCUUGGGUCAGAAUAAAGCUCUGUAGCCGAAAGGUCCUGGUUGACGUAUCAGUUGGCUACUCCUCAAAUCUCUUUUGGUAGUGGAAAUGGCUCUCAACCGGAAGUACGCCGCUCUUCCAGAUCUGGAUUCCGCUCCAGACAUCUAUGAGACCCCAGAGCUCACAGAUGACAACUCUACAGUCCCUACAACCACCGGUCGAACCCAUUCGGACGACGAGUUCUACGAUAUCGAGGAUGAGACGCCUGGUAUCUCUCGAUCCCGGCUGCGAAUAGAUGAAGCGCGUUCUCGCUUUCUUCCCACCCACGUUGACGCGAACGGAGUCGACUUCUCGGACCGAGUUGACGGAAAACGCAAGUCGUACAAGGUCUCCAGCCGAAGACAAAGAAUACUGCAGGACGGUACUCAGGAGCUUGGCGACCUCUCUGAUGACGACGACGACGACGACGACGAGAGCCUAGAACGCCGAAUUGCCCGCCUGAAGCGCGAAGUGGAAGAAGCAAAGAACGAAUAUGCAAAGCGAAAAGCAGAAUCUCAAACAAAGGAAGACAUCAGCGCUGCUACCAGUGACGACAGACUGACUUCCCUCAGCCAAGUUCUGGACGAGAUAUCGAAGCCCACCGGUCGCCCAACUUCGAUUCGGAUUCCAGGGACGAAUGAAACUUCAAGUCAUGAAGAGAAGACCGAGGCACCUUCAGCAGAGGAUGCAACUUAUACCUUAACGUACGCACCGACAUAUGAACAAAGCCAUGCAUUAGCCAAGGCAACUGAUUUCGACCGUCGGCUAUUGAUGCUGGAGAAGGGACUGGGAAUCAAUGCUUCAUUGAUGCCAGAGGCUGAUGCCAAUGGUCUUCCACGUGCAAUUCUGCCUACUCUGGACUCUAUGAACAAGCAGAUUUCUACGCUCGCCGAAGCCUCUACCGCCAAUUUGGAUGCAAUCAGUCGCCGAGUACGAACACUUGCCCAAGAGCAGGACAAGCUGAAUGACUCUCGGGAGAAGGCCAGAUCAUUGAGAGAAGAGCUUGGUCGAAAUGGCUCUUCAUCUCAGACUGAAGAGACUGAGCAGGAAGCCAAGAUCAAUGCUCUGUAUGGUAUCCUCCCUACGAUUGAGAACUUGACUCCUAUCCUGCCACCUCUACUGGAUCGACUGCGAUCACUGAGAGCAAUUCAUUCUGAUGCUGCCACUGCGAGUGAGACAUUGACUCGCAUUGAGAGACAGCAGGCAGAGAUGGCCGCGGAACUGAAGCAGUGGAAUGAAGGCCUUGCGAAGAUUGAGGCUGCUGUAAAGGACGGUAGUGUGUCUAUUGAGAAGAACAAGCAAGUUAUGGAGGAAUGGGUGAAGGAUCUGGAGGAGAGGAUGGAAGAUUUAUGAAUAACGAUGCGUUGAUCUGAUACCCUAGCAAAUAAAUCAAGUUACCGAGGAAGCUAUGCAGUUGAGUCUUUGAAUAUCCAAAUAAAUAAAACAUCUGAUCUUUUCCCCAUCAAGCAAGCCUCUUCCUGUCCUUGUCU